AUGACAACAACAUCUAUUGACACGACUACUUCAAAUAACGAUCAUACGGCCAAUACCUUGUCUGAAUGCGAAAAAAAAAUGUUACGCGAUCCUCCAUAUAAACUAUCACUUUCUAUGGAUGAGCUUCUUGCACCCGCAAAAAGAACGCGUAAAAAUAAAAAAGACUCGAAUAACCCUCGACAACAAAACAAAUGGAUUAUCUUCCGUAAAGACUACGAGGCAAAAUUGCGUCUACUUAACCCAAAUGCCACUUAUAAAAUCCAGGAUAUUUCUAAAGAAUACGGCGCUGAAUGGAGAUCGCAGCCUAGUGAAGUUAAUAAAUACUUUGAUCUGCUACAAAGAAUCGCUUUUGAAAAACAUAAACUCGCGUAUCCUAAUUAUAAAUAUAGUCCAAAGAAAAAAGAAUCUGUAUUUCGUGAAGACAACAAUGAGUUGUAUGAAGAUGACGAAGAUGAUGAAUGCGAGGAAAAUAAUAACAGCAACAACAAUUGUGUAGUCUCAGAUUCUUCUUCUAUUAACGUUUCUUCUAAUUCAACCACAAUGAACUCAUCGGCCGAGUCUAGUACUAUUUUUGAAUUCAAUUUACCACAACGAUCUCAAUAUACUCCAAUUGGCGCGUUGUUUUCCAAACAAUUGGAUUUUCAUUCGAAUGAAUGUAUGCCCUCUGCUACUGCAUCUCCUCUUACUCAACAUCCAAUAUCUAUACCAGAAAAUUUUGAUACAUCUGCAGCACCUUUAUCUUCAUUUUCAUUUUCAAAUGAAUUGAAUUCCGAAUACAAUAAUCUCGUUUAUGGACUUGGAAAUAUCACCACAAACAACAAUGAACUUAUUCCUUCGAUUUCACCUAAUUAUACAAUCAAUAACGAUGCUGGUACAGCGAUCGAUACAUUUAACGUUAACGAGAUUAACUCAUUGGGUCAAUUAGAUUUUUCUCAAACAAAUAGAAACAAUAACCAAAUAACUAUUUUUAACGAAUUCGAUAGUGAUAAUCCAUUGAAUUUUGCUGAAAAUAAUUAUCUAUCCACUGAAACUAAUAAUUUUGAUGUAGCUCCUAUAUACGAAUUACUUGAGGCAGAUCCAAAAGAAUCUUUUGGAUUUAAUAGCAAUUAUGAUAUUAACAAUAACGACCCAAUCUUGAUAUCUUCACCACAAAAUCCAUUUACAAUUAUCACAAACCCUUUAAUUUUUUCAAAUACUUUGUUAAUUUCUCCAUCAUCCCUACAAUCUCUAUUCAUCCCAGAAUAUCUUGAUUACGAUUCUACAUUUUUGGCUGGAGAUUUGUCGGAAAUAACCUCCGACGAUUCGCAAUUUGGCGUAUUUGCUUAG